UAGAGCGAUAUGGCAGGACAGUAGCCUCAAAUAUUUGGAACGUAAAUUUAAAAGGAAUUAGUGCGUUGUAUGAGGAUCAUAUUGUUGUGUUUUGUGGCUGUUAUGAUGAAGUCUUACUCUAGUAUGUAAACAAAUGGUGAAUUUAGGUGAAGUUAUUUACCUGUGGCGUAGCUGUGAACUCAUAAUAAAGUGUUACACACUCCCAGUGCACAAUACGACCUGUAUGAAAUGUUCAUUAUACUGUCAAAACAAUUUUUAUACUACAUUGUACUCUCCCACAAGCAACAUUUCCAACUUACCCUCAUAAAAAAUAUUCAAAAUAUUUACUGUACACCUACAGAUAUAGGUGAAGUGUAUAUUAUACAUAAUUACAAUGAAGUGUAAAGUAAGUGACUCACCAACCAAUGGUGUUGGGCGACCUCGCACCUGCCCCAUGACUACCACCUCACCUGACAAGUUAAACAAAGAUGAAGCUACACAUAAGACCAGAAAUAACAAAAGUAUUAAAAAUGAAGGCAGCGUUUUACGAAGAUCAUCUAGACGAGCAACCAUUGAGCGUAGAGUGUGGUCAGUUCCCAAGAAGUCUUCAAAACUUACUUCCUCAAAUGUUAAAGGAAAAAAUGUUCAGAAACAAAUAAAAAAAGUUAAAGAAAAAAAGACAACAAGUAAAGUGCUUACUAAAAACUUGAAUAAAAGUAAACCCUCUCAGGGCACUAAGAGGGGCCUCAUCACUCCAGAGGAAGCUGGCAAUGCAAGAAGAAAGGUUAAGAAAAAAGAAGGGGUAAGAGAUGUAGGUAUCAGUAAAGAUACUCUGCCCCAGGACUCAACUAAAGCCCUUAUAAAAGAGGAAGUGAUGCUCGAGUCUUUGGAAAAUUCUCUGAAAGAAGAUAAUGAAACCCACAACAAAUCCCAAAACAGUGUUACAUAUAUAGAUAGUAAGUCUCUUAUUGAUUGCAGAAAUGUUUGUGCUAAUACAUCUAAAGAUUUUGAUGAUGAUAAUGUUCGGACAGGCAUUCCUUGUGUUGUGCCCACACAAGGUAGUUGCAAAAAUUUAAACUCAAGUACUUUAUGUCAUGCCCUAGUUGAUAGUGAUAGAGGGCUCGAGGAAACUUUAUUUACUGAUGAAGUUUGUCUUCACAAAGCAGUUAUCGAAGAGAUAAUUCCAGACUAUGAAAUUUCAGAUUCUCAGACUGAUAAAAAAACUGUUGACUCCUCUGGGGUAGAAAUUAGUUUCACAGAUGGUGUUAAUUCCAGUCAGGCAUUUAGAAACAUAGAGGAUGUACUUGGUCACUCAUACAGUAAAGUGAAGUCAUUAGAUAUUAAUAUAUCGGGUGAAGAUUCAAGUACCUGUAGUAAUAAAUCUGGUAAAGAUUCUGACAUAGAGGAAAAGGAUAAUGACAUUGGUGAAGGAAUAGCACAAUAUGGUGAACAAGCUGAGAAUCACAAUUUUGCAAAUCCUUAUAGUGAUCAUCAGGUUAUGAAAACACAAAUUGAGUGUAGAGAUAAAUUAUCAGAGGGCAGAAGUAAAACUGAAUUGAACAAGGGAGAGCAAGAACUAGCAAACUCCUGUAAACCUCAGUCUGAACCCUGUGUUGAAAACAGUAUUCGAAGAAUACAUCAGGAUGAUUCUGAUGGUGAGGAACACAGUGAAGUGAUAGAUCAAAACUCUACAGAAAGUGUUUCAGAAUAUCCUGUAGUUACUAAAGAUAGUUUGUUCAGCAUUAAUAAUAAAUUCACACCAGAAAAGGACAAUUGUAAAUUAUUAGGUAAUGUCACUCAAAAAUUUGGUACACAAAGUGAAAGCAACACAGUUGUGGUACCCAUGGAACACAGCAUUGUGGAGCCCCAGCAAGACAGUGAAGAGGAGGAUCAUGUCUCUCUGAGUGUGGCACUGGCACAGCUUGUUGACACUGGGUGUAGCGGUGAGGGAGAGGACACCGAGACUGUCACCAUUCAUUCGGCUUCAUCUGUGGUACAAGUGGCUGAAGAAGAAACAGCCCGGACAAUAGCGACGCUCGAGGUUAAUACAAAAGAUGAAGUAAGAGAAAAUUGUCUAAGUCAAGAGGAAGAUGUAGAAGAUGAAGAAGGUGAAUUAGUCAUCAAAGAAGAGGAGGAGGAUGAGGUGGAAGGAGAGGGUGAAGAUGAUAAUAAAAAUGAGGGUGUUGAGAGCAGUGAUGGUGACAUAGAGGAAGAUGAAGAGGAACUGAGUGUGUUAGCAGAUGGGAAGAGAAGCUAUGACAUCCAGAGUUCCAUUUCCCUGGUCAGCUCAGAAAAGUUAUCAGAAAUAUGUUCUCCAGAGAAUAACUGUGAAAGAGAAGUUAAGAGUCCUACUGAUGACCCUCACUCACCUCCACAAAGACCAAAGAAACAAAUUCCACCUUUAAUCAAAAUCAGCUCACGGCCACCAGCUAUCAAAACUCCUCUGAAGUGUCCUGAAUGCCCCAUGCAGUUCUGCACUGUACGGUCACUUCUGUGGCACUUUGGAACACAUGGAGCACGGUCGCGAGAAAACUGUUUGCCUCCCAUUCUUCUACAAGAUCUGAUUGUACCAUGGGAUAAACCCACUAUGUCUUUAUUUAUAUCACAGUCUCCAGAAAGUGAUAAAAAUGUAGAGAAGGGAAUGGGCUGUGCAGAAACAAGUUUGCCAAUAUCCUUGUCAGAUACAGCGGGGAGACAGGAAUUGACGAUUACACCACACGUAGUGAGGACAGAGGACUAUAUGGGUACUAAUGGAGAUGUCAUUCUCAAAAUACCAAUACCCAGGCUUAAGCCCAAAACUCACACUCCCCCAACCUUAAAGAAAGACAAAUUUGUCAACAUCUUGCCAAAAAUGACAGCCAGUGAUGGACAAACUACCCCCCAUUCCCCACAAGUUAAUCCACAGCCUGUUGUUCGAAAACUUUCAAGUUCUCCUACUCCACAGAUAACAAUACAACCACAGAACAGUAGAUCUCUUGAUGUGGUCACAGUAAAACCACAACAGGUUCCAAAAAUCACAAUCAGAGCUGAUAAUUCUGCACAGCAUGUUCAGAUUCACCCUGUAGUAUCAUCUCAUUCUACAGUCCAAAUUCAACCUUUAGUAUCAUCUCAAUCAACAGUCCAAAUUCAACCAAUAACAUCAUCUCAGUCAGCUGUUCAAAUUCAACCAUUGGUAUCAUCUUCACAUUCAGCUGUUCACAUUCAACCAUUAGUAUCAUCUUCACAAUCAGCAGUCCAAAUCCAACCGCUAGUGUCGUCUACAGCAUCAGCAAUUCAAGUUCGACCAGUUGUCACAAGUACGAAAGCAUCCUCUUCUGCUCCUAGUCACAUUGCCUUGAUUCCUAUGGACAAUUUAACUGCAGUAGGACAGAACCUAAGCCCAAGAGCAUCCAAAAUGAAUCAUGCUCCAAUAAGUAUGAUGACACCAACUCACCUGCCUGUGAAAACCUCCACUCCGGUUGAUGGUGUCCUAGAAAAGGAUGGCUUGGUGAUGAUAAACUCUAACCUCGCUUUACGAAUUGUGUCAUCAUUACCUAGCACUCUAGAUACAGGCACUAGUACUACCAAUACAACCACCAUCCGGCCUAUUGCUAGUCAUUUGACAAACAACCUCACCAUCUUGCCUCAAAUGGAAGGGAGUAGUUUUGUUAAUACACAGAAAGAGGGCACAAAAAAUCCUGAUAUUCUUACCAUUGUGCCUCAGGUGGAUUUAAGUAAAAAGGUGUCUUUGUUAAAGGCAGCAGCACCAAUUCCUAGUCCUCAAGUUCCAAGUGGUCCAAAGUCGUCAUCUGCACCUUCUCAAGUUGUAAAAUUGUAUCUUCUACAGCCCAAAGAUCCAAAGAGUAGUGAUAGUGGAGUGAAAUUCAGUAUUGCAGCAGAUUCAUCAAACAUGGUUAAUGGAAUUGAAGUACCUUUACCAUUCCCAUUUGAGAAGAACAGAGCAAAGUGUGAAAAUUUAUACUCUAAAGAUUUUGAGGAAUCAGAAGAUGAUGAUGAAGGUAUGGUAAUUGACGAUGAGAAGGAAGGAGACGAUGAUGUGAUGGAUCCACUCAGCUUGUGUGCUGUAACAAUGGAAGAUGAAAAUCUGGACGCUUCUAAUAGUGCCAAUCAAGCCAGUCAGUUCAGUCCCAGUACUGCGACUGUUUCAAAUGAUAAAGUCACUAUUAAAAAAGUACCCGUCAGAUCAAAGGGUAAAAGCAUCCAGGGAGUUGAUAUUGUCAAGUAUGAAGCCAGGAAGUAUGUGUGUUGUUAUUGUAACAGAAGAUUUGGUUGGUCAACAGAUUUGAAACGGCAUGUUAUUCUUCAUACUGGUGAAAAGCCAUUUCAGUGUAAGAUAUGUCCAACAGCAUUUACAAGAAAAUUUCUUUUACAAAACCAUAUGAAAAGAAUGCACCCAGACAAAUGUAAAAUGUCAGACCUGUGGCCUUAGAAAACAUAUGGCAUUUAUGGUCCUAUAAUAUUUAUGAAUUUCUGCCAGUGAUUUAUUGGUGAUUUUAUUGUAAGUUGUACUGACAAAAUAAGAGUGAAUAAUUGCCAGUGCUGCUUGAGGGCAUUGGAACUCAAUAGAACCAUUAUCCAUUCAAAUUAUGGCAAAAAAAAAUUACAUUUGUUUAUACCUAAUGCUAGUCAACAUAUCCUUUUGAAAAUAAGCAAAAGCAAUUUCAUGAAUGUCAUUUUACCUGAAAUGCACUGUAAGGCAACAUUUGUAGCAGUCCUUACAUGUAAAAUUAAAAAGAAAUCCUUCAGUAAACAAGUUGACAUUUUAUGAUGCAGGGGAAAUCUUGAGCAUUAUUUAAUUCUAGUCUUUAAGAGUUUAGGCGCAUGUGCGCUAAACACAUAGACACACACACACACACACACACACACACACACACACACACACACACAUUUAGAAUGUGACACUAAGGCAGAUAUUUGUUUUACACCUAAAAUUUCAAGAUGAGUGUCAAUAAGUUUUAUUAGAAGUGAUAAUGAUUUACACCAGGGUUUCUGCUCGUCACAUUGAGAAGACUAUAUUUUUUCACAUGCACGUUUGACCGAAGGUUAUGCUGAGAAGAGGUGAUGAGGAGUGAAUGUCAUUUAAUUUCAUAAUGUGUGAAAAGGUGUGUAAUCAUAAGUGAAAAUGAUAUAUUUAGAAGCAAAUUCAUGAAUUGGCUUCGACUUUGUGGUGCUCUAUAUUGGAAACAACCAUCUUCAUGUUACCAAAGAUUCUUCAUCCAAAACUGUUUAUUUCUCUUUUAUUAUCAUAAAUUUGUAAUUAUUACUGCUCAUGGUUUGAUUGAUAAACUUUUGUGCUUGUAGGAAAAAAAUCCAUUUGUAAAUUGAAAAAUGGCACAUACCUCUGCAAUUAUUAUAUUUGUUUUAUAUUUGCUUUUAUGUAUUAAACUACAGUAUUUGUUUUGUGUGUGGUCUGAUAUUUAAGUAGUUGAGUGUAUGUUUGCUUUCUCUUGGACUAGUAAACCUGAACACAGAGUACAGGAAAAUAAUAUAUACGUCAUCAUUUGAGUGGAUCAGAACCAGUCUACUAUCUGACAUUCCUUUCCAAAAUUACUUAGGUUCAUAGAAGUUAAUGAUACAUAAAAGAUUCUUUUCUAGCCCUCAUUGGUAUUCAGUACGUGGCACCAUUACAAAUACAGUACCAGUUUAAGAGAAGAGUCCAAAAGCUUGGGAGGUAACGUGUUUAAUUCCGCAGUAUUUGUCAGAGAGCAGUCUCUGGCUCUGACCCAUUCAUUUAUUAUCGGGCUAAAUUGAAUAUAUAUUACUCGGAAAAGGAUUGAUGAUGGAUAUAUCAUAAAUUAUUAUUAUUAUUUUUUUAAGGGUAUUACUUGCAUAGAUAUGGAAGGUUGAAUAUUUCCAGUGAAUGAGUCAUUACAGUCGUCAUCUUAUAUGCAGUAGAAUGUUGAGAAUUAUCUAAGCUGUGCUGUCUGCCUCAGUUAUAACACAUAGCAAUGUUCUCACUCUUACUGUGCUUAUAAUUUUCAUCCUUAUUUAUAUUGGUUUUAUAGAUAAUCCUAAAAUAGUACAUUUUAAUUUGUUAAAUUUUUUGCCUUAAUGAAUGGACAUAUUAUGAUAAUGUAUGAAUUCAUAUGAGAGUAAAAGGUUAUAUUUUUCUGCCUUGCAUUUACAAAGUCAUUUGUAAUGAAGUUGUACAUCCAUGUGUGGUCAUGUUAUAAGUUCAUGUCAAAGGUGGAUCCUUCUUAACUUUGGAGAGUGUUUUUUAUGAAUACAGUUGAGUCUUAAUAAUUCACAGGUACCUCUAUUACUACCUCUUUUAAUUUUCGCAGCCGAGCGCUGACUGCUGUAGUGUUUGUUUAUGUAAGAAACCAUAAAGGUUGUGGAAAUAUCAAUUCAAUGCUCCUAUUCCCAAGCGCUCGGUGCCCCUCCGCCUCCUACCUCAUUGAUACAACGUUAUACAAUUUUACCAUAAUACCCAUAAUUAUUUAGGUUCAUUUGUUGCCUGAUUAAUACAAAUUAUCAUAAAGUAAUAACAUUUUCACCCUGCAAAAAUUGCAAACUCAGUCCAGAUGAGUUAUUGUGGGGUACAGUAUUUAAUUCAUGUUUUUUGUUGACAUGUGUGGUCACAGCCAGCCCAGCACCUUCCUGUCUCCUUGUUGGUGUGUUGGCAUAACUCACACUAAAUUAUGAGAAGGAAACUACCUGUUUAUGUAAUAUAAAACUACUUUUUGCAUUACUAUAUAUCUAUGGGUGACAAUUUUUUAAGUACACUACUACCGUAGAACAUCGAUUUAAAGCGAUUCAAUUUAAGAGUAUUGAUUUAAAGUGACGCCCACAAUUAAGGAAAAAAAAUUUAAUUUAAAGCGAAUCUUUCCUAUUUUGCGUGAGUCAAUCUGGCGCAUAAUAUUCUAAAAUUUGUGCCUAAUGUCUCUCUGGGCACGCUACACUGUCCUAAGGGCAAAGCUGUACUGUACAUGUACUCAAAAUAAUGUACUAAAUGAUUACUAAAAUUUUUGUCUAGUGCAAACUAUAGCAUGAUUAUAUUCAAAUUAAU